AUGGAAUCCAAAUUGAGAGGAAAUGAAAGAAAUACCAACAGAAAUUCAUUAUCAUACGAAGGUUCAAAUCUUAAUCAUUCACCAAAUGAAUUGGAGAACGCUGAAAAUAUCACAAAAAAUUUUGAGCGAUUCUUGAAAAAACAUUUGGAAAAGAAAAACAGAGAAGUACUUGAUGCACAAUUUCCGGUUUUGAAAAUUGCUGUCGUUGUUCUGUCUAUCGUGGCUGCAAUGGUGACGUACCAUAGUAUGAAAAUCGCAAAAGAUUUUGACCGAAAAUUCGAAGAACUGCAGAAUGAACAUACAGUCAUGAGGACAAAAAUUGAAGUAGAUCGGGAAAAUAUGAAAAACUCUGUUCAGUCAGGAGAUGAUAAGCUUAUGAAAGUUAUCGAGUCGCAAAAUGAAAAAAUUCUCAAGUUGUCUGGAUGGUUUAAAGCCAGUAAUAAUCUAUUUUAUAAACGGUUUUCCGAGAAAGUCGAUUACCUUACUGCUAGAAAGCGCUGCAAACAACUGGGUGCUCAGUUAAUUUCCACCGGCUUCCGAGAUCCUGAUGUUAGAAGAGAAAUUCUUCCAAAAAUCUGUAUUGCGAAGACUCGCAUAUGGAUCGGGCUUGAUGACAUUCAACGAGAAGAAGUUUUUAUUUGGUCAGAUGGUACUGUCCUGGCGGAUAUAAAAAGUAUACCAUGGAGAAAGGGUGAACCAAAUAACUAUAAAGGAAUGGAGGAUUGUGGUGAAUAUCUUUGCGAAACAUCAAAUAGCGGAGCAAACGACGGCCCUUGUUCUCCACAUCUCGCCUACGCUUGUGAAAAAGCAUUCUCUCAUGAAUUGUAAUGAUAAAUAUUGUAAAAAAAAUGUUGUCCAAGAACUUUGCUUAUAAGUUUUCAAUUCAAUUCCAUUCUUUUUUUGAGUAAUCGAAAAUGUGAGAAUACGAUAAGGAAAAAUUAUAUUCAAAAUGAGGAGGAAAGCAAUAAGAUCUUUCAAUUAUAUGGCCCUCAAUUAUCGUUUAAUUAGAAUGAGCCAGAGUAUAUUUCUGCAGGUCGAUAUUCCAAGUGGAAUUAUAAUGCAUC